UUUUUUUUUUUUUUAAUUUUUUUAAUUUUUUUAAUUUUUUUUUUUAAUUUUAAUUUUUAUUUUGUUUUAUAAAUGAGGAUUUCUUUCCCAAGUUUUCUUUUAAAAGCAACUAAAAUUAUAUUAAAUAAACCUACAACAAAAAAAGUAAUAAUGAACCAACCAUCCACUUUAAUUUCAGAAGAAGAAAUGAAUAGUCUUCAGGAAGCUUUUUCAUUGUACGACACUAAUAAAAAUGGGGCAAUUAGCUUGGAGCACUUUGCUAGUAUUUUGAAAAGUCUCAAUAUUGUACACAAUGAUAACAAUAAAGUCAAAUCUAUCGUUCAAAACCUUGAUAAAAAUAAUGAUGGCCAAAUUGAUUUUGAAGAAUUCGUAAAUGCCAUGACUCAAUUAUUAUUAGACGAUAAUAGAACUUUAAGAAAAUGGAAAACUUUUCCUAAUGAUGACGAUAAAAAACAGAAAAAUAAAAUGGAUAGUCAGCAUUAUUCUCGUAGAAUGAGUAAACAUGAAGCUGAUGAUUUAAAGCUGUGCUUUGGUAAAUUCGAUAAGAAUGGUGAUGGUUUAAUCUCUGAAGAUGAAUUAAAAGAAGUGAUGAAAGGUCUGGGUGAAAAUCUUUCAAAUGAAGAAAUUAAAGACAUGAUGAAAGAUGCUGAUGCAAAUCAAGAUGGUUAUAUUGAUUUCGAAGAAUUUAAAGCAUUAAUACCAACUAAUAAUAAUGAAUAGAUAUUUAUGUAUUAUAGUAUAUAUUUAUAUAAAAAAUGUUGAUUAUAUAAUGUAUGAUUAUUGUUACACUUAAUAAACGCUUACUUACAAAAAAAAAAA